ACAGAAUAGUGGUGUUCAAACCCUCUACUUCUCAUGAGACGGCAGAAGGGAACAGGAGGCAACAAUGGAUUGCUGCAUCUGUGGUCCCAUGGCCUUUUUUUUCAAGCCUCCGAGGAACACCAUCUGCUCCAGCUGCCAUGAGGGAGCCAAAGGCUUGAUGGCUUUCUUUAACGAGCUAGACGGCAAUCAAUAUGCCGGUAUUCCUACAAAUUCUCAUGGCUUGAAACCCAAUAUAUCCAUGGGGAUCUUAGAUGCUUUCAAGUGGGUGAAGAAGAUGAAAGAGAGGGAGGAAGAAGUGAAUGAGAAGAUGAGCUUUCUGGACGGUCUUGUGUUGGCACUGAGGGAUGGGAUCCACACAGACAUUUUGGUGAAGCCGGGCACAGGGGCUCCUAUAGCUGCCCAUAGAGCUCUGCUGGCCACAAAGUCCGAAAUCUUCAGAACAAUGCUAGGCCAUGAUGAAUGCAAAGCCCCAGCAGAGGACACCGUCUCUCUCCCGGAGCUCAGCCAUGAUGAGCUCAAAUGCCUCCUGGAGUUCCUCUACACUGGUUGUUUGCCCAAGGGGAGUGCAGACAAGGAACUAUAUUCUAUGUUAGUAGCAGCGGAUAAGUAUGACAUCCCCUUCCUCAGAAAGGUCUGUGAGCAUCAGAUACUACACUCCUUGGACUCAUCAAAUGUACUUGAUAUCCUUGAGGUGUCAGAGGUUUGUUCCAAUAGAAUGUUGAAGGAUCACGCCGUGAACUCAAUUGUCAGGCAUGUGGAGGAUGUUGUGUUCUCCACAAGAUAUGAUGAGUUUGCUCUGAAGAAUGCUCACCUGUGUGUGGAGAUCACGAGGGCUUUGCUCAGGGAGAUGAAGGAUAAAAAAGAUCAUGAGAUGUCCGUUUAAUUUGGAGAGAUUUUUAGGUUGAAGCCUAUUAAUUUGAUGUUUAAACAACCAUUUCUAGAAGAUCAAAUCAGUGGGGAAUAUGUUCCAUUGGAGAGAUAAAGGUGUAUUGCUAAAACCUUAGAUGAGAUCUGCAUCAUAGCAAAAGAUGUUGAUCACUGAUUAGUAUUUUUAGACGAUUACGAUUCAUUACUAAGCACUUCUUACUUUUCUAAA